GCUUUAUUAAAAAUCAGCGCUUCGAAAUGGGUCAGAAAAAAAAGCAACAGAAGAAAAAGACUCAAUUAAAAUUUACCAUCGAUUGUACGCACCCAGUUGAAGAUGGUAUUUUGAAGGCUGUUGACCUGGCAGACUAUAUGAGAGGUCGUAUAAAGGUCAAUGGUAAGACUGGAAAUUUGGAGAAUAACAUUGUGGUUGAUUGCCUCAAAUCAACUGUCUCCAUUACUUCUGAUGUUCCUUUUUCUAAGAGAUAUUUAAAGUAUCUCACAAAGAAGUAUCUGAAGAAGAACAAUCUCCGUGAUUGGUUGCGUGUGGUUGCAUCUAGUCAGACUGCUUAUGAAUUGAGAUACUUCCAGAUUAACAAUGAAGAAGAAGAUGAUGAUGGUGACGAAGAAUCAUAAGAACUUUGUAUUAAUCUGCCUCAUCUAGUAGAGAAACAAUAAAAAUUACAUUGCAGUUGUGA